AUGGACUGGUCAUUGGUGGCAGAGGGCGUUCGACCACCUUUGGAUCAACCACCUACAGCGUGGAAUGACACUGUGGAUUUUAUGGAUGUUGCUGUUCAUGUUCAAGCUAGUGGUUUUCUUGAUGCUUGUACUAUCCAUACUUUGAAUGUGGCGCACCAUCAUCUUGCACCAAACUCUAUGGUGUUGAAUACUUGGAUUGCACCUCCAUGCAAUCCCGUCAAGAAACGACUCUAUGGUUUUGGCCGGGUUUUGAAAGACCGCAGUUUGAAUCAGGAUGUGGUUAAUCCACUGUCCAUGAUCCAUUUUGCUUGGCCAUAUCUUUCCGCUGAGGAUCGACUUGCGGCAAUACAGGCAUCUUUUGUUUGGAAACAGUACGCAGAGUUGCGCCAUUUUGCAUGUGUUACUUCUCUCAAGUCCUUGCAACUUCCACGUCUCUUGGUGGCUGAUUGGAUCCACAUUGAGCAUGGCUGA